UGUGAGAUUCUGGUACAAUGUCCUCUGGCUUCACCAAGGCUUUCCAUUAACAUGCGUGAAUUUAUCAAUGAAUUGGAAGACUACGUACCAACGAUUCCUGAUGCAGUCACGGUGCACUUUAUGCGGACAUGUGGGUGCGAUUGUAGUGAUCCCAGAAUAGUGAGAUUAGUGGCUUUGGCUACUCAAAAAUACGUCUCUGACAUAAUUCUGGACGCAAUGCAACAAGCACGAAUGAAAGGGCUUGGACAAACGAAGAAGGGAACGAAGGAAACACGGUACUGUCUUACAACUGAAGUUCUUGAGCCCGUUCUCAAAGAAUACGGUAUUGACUUUGUUCUGCCUCCUUACAUGCAUUAA